UCUCCUGGCUAAGGUUGAAAAAAAUGGAGUUGGGUUCAUGGUGGAUGGUUUUCACAACUUUAGGAGCAGCAUUUGUUACAAUGUUUUGGUUGGUAAAGAGAGCAAAUGAGUGGUUCUUUACAAGGAAGUUGGGUAACAAGCAAUAUCCUCUUCCUCCUGGAGAUAUGGGGUGGCCUUUAAUAGGAAACAUGUGGUCUUUUCUUUUUGCUUUCAAAUAUGGUGAUCCUGACUCAUUCAUCUCCAGCUUUGUCAACAGAUUUGGUCGGACAGGAAUAUACAAAGCCUUGAUGUUUGGAAAUCCUAGCGUUAUAGUUACAAUGCCGGAAACAUGUAGACAAGUUUUGAUGGAUGAUAAACGAUUCAAGCAAGGAUGGCCUAAAUCCACUUAUGAAUUACUGGGGAAGAAAUCAUUUAUGAGCCUUUCUGAUGAAGAGCACAAACGCCUCAGAAGGCUAACUGCAUCACCGAUUAGAGGUCAAGAGGCACUCUCCAUGUACCAUGAAUAUAUCAAGGAAGUUAUAAUCACGUCAUUGGAUGAAUGGUCUAGCAGGGAGCAGCCAUUUGAGUUCUUAACUGAGAUAAGGAAGAUCACCUUUAAGAUCAUUAUGCAUAUAUUUUUGAGUGUGGACAGUGGUCCAAUGCUGGAGACAAUGGAAAAGCUCUACACUGAUCUGAAUCAUGGACUAAGAGCUAUGGCGAUUAACCUUCCUGGAUUUGCUUAUCAUAAAGCAAUUAAGGGGCGAAAGAAGCUGGUAAAGAUCCUUCAAGAUGUUGUAGAGGGCAGGAGAGCAAAGAAGAAAAGCGAUGGAUCGGAGAAGGACAAAGAUAUGAUGGAUUUACUUAUAGAAACUGAAGAUGAGAAUGGAGGGAGAUUGGAUAAUGAAGAGAUCAUAGACAUCAUCCUUGUGUACUUGAAUGCUGGCCAUGAAUCUUCAGCCCAUGCCUUGAUGUGGGUGACCCUUUUCCUACAUGAUCAUCCAGAAUAUUUCCUGAAAGCCAAGGCAGAGCAAGAGGAGCUUGUAAAAAGAAAGGAACCAACAGAAACAGAAUUGAGCCUCAGAGAAACUAAACAGAUGGAGUAUCUUUCUAAGGUAAUCGAUGAAACACUGCGCAUUGCGAAUAUCUCCCUGUUAACUUUCCGGGAGGCAAGCACUAAUGUCAACAUUGGUGGAUAUUUGGUUCCUCAAGGAUGGAAAGUAUUGGUUUGGUUUAGGGCUGUUAAUUUGGAUUCCGAAAAUCAUCUCAACCCAACAAAAUUUGAUCCUCAGAGAUGGGAUGAACAUAAACCCAAAGCUGGAAGUUACAUUCAUUUUGGAACAGGAAGUAGGUUAUGCCCUGGAAGUGAAUUGACCAAGCUUGAAAUUUCUACAUUUCUUCAUUAUUUUCUGCUUUCUUACAAGCUGGAGAGAAUUAAUCCAGGAUGCUCAGUAAGAUACUUGCCUCAUGUCAGCCCUAAAGACAAUUGCCUUGCCAGGAUCAAGAAGCUCUCGUAAUAAUGUUGUAACAGCCGACACAGUGUCAAGAUAUUAUGAAUUUAUGCGCAUCUCUUUUGAUUUGAACCUAGGAUUUCAUCUUUGAAGACGUCCAAGGAUUAAAUCCUAGAUUUGAAUCAAAUCCACAAUAUUUUGGUAAUGACACUAGAAAAUUCCUUGUUCUACUUAAA